GUUGAGGCUUAAACCGAAUCACCCAAACUGAAGCUAGUUGGCAGUGCUUUGUGUGUGUGUGUGUGUGUGUGUGUGUGUGUGUGUAUGUGUAUGUGAGUUUUGCGUGUUAUUUUCAUGCAGCUCUUGAACUUUCACUUUGAAAACAACAAGUUGCCAAAGCCAAAAUCAGUUAAACAUUUAUACCACACAUUGACAGACGGAAAAUUUAUUUUAAAGAAAAAAAAGAAAUAAUAAUAACGGUGCAAGCGAAAAAUCUGACAAUACAUAUAUAUACAUACAUAUAAUAUGCGUGAAUAAAUUCUAUUCUAAUGGCAAUGGCAACAAAAUACGAACGGAUUAUUAGUGAUUGUAGGUCGCGAAAUGUUUUAUGGGAAGAUGCCGAUUUUCCAGCAGUGCAAUCAUCCGUUUUCUACUAUCAAACGCCACCAUUCACCUUUCAAUGGAAACGUAUUGCCGAAAUAACGAGCAAUAAUGGCAGUGGCAGCACCAGCACCAGCACCAGUAAUAGCAAUACAAAUAGUAGUACUAUAAAUCCCAGUACCAGUAUCAGUUCCAGUUCAAGCAACAUAAAUACUACUUCGAUUACGACUAGCACCUAUCCACAGCCAUCUUUCCUUAAUGAGAAUGCUGAAUUUGAUGUUGUGCCCGGAAAAAUGGGUGAUCGCUGGCUGGUCUCAUGCCUGGGAGUGGUCUAUUCGUUGAGGAAUCUAUUUUAUCGCGUUGUGCCCGCCGAUCAGAGUUUGGCCAAAUCGUUGGGUAUAUUCCGUUUUCGUUUAUGGUGGUGCGGCGAAUGGGUUGAAGUGUUGGUCGAUGAUCGUCUGCCCACAAUAAAUGGCCGUUUGGCAUUUAUGCAGCCACAGACAUCAAAUUGCUUUUGGGCCUCAUUGCUGGAGAAGGCGAUUGCCAAACUACAUGGCUCAUAUGAGGCCCUAAAGUAUGGCACACGUUCGGAUGGUCUAACCGAUUUGCUCGGCGGUGUGGUCAAGUGUAUGCCGAUUGGACCAUCUGAUACAUCUGAUAUAACCCUAAGGCCGCAAACGCUUAAAGAUCAAAUGUCAACGACAUGCAUUAUCACUUGUUUGGCCGUUAAAAACUCACAAGUACAGAAGAAAAAUGCCACAGAGCGUUUAUCAAAUGGGAUUCUGAUUAAUGUCAAUUACAGGCUUUCCAGCUUGGACAAAGUGGAAACCGUUAUGGGUGAUACGGUGCAAUUGAUUUGUAUUAAGGAUACAUUUUCUUCGAAACCAUUCGGUGACAAGACAAAUUUCCAUGGAGACUGGUCGCCAUCGUCAAAGACCUGGGAGCGUGUCUCACCAUCGGAACGGGCACGACUGUUGAGCAAAUUAAAUUUGGGUGAAUUUUGGAUGUCAUUUUAUGAGUUUGUGCAAACGUUUACAACAUUGGAGAUUGUCUAUCUGGACGAGGAUACCGCCAGCGAUGAGGAAUCACUGAAGGGCAGGCUGCAGAAUUGGAAAAUGAAAAUGCAUCAGGGUCAAUGGAAACGAGGUGUCACUGCCGGCGGUUGUCGCAAUCAUGAAUCGUUUCACAUAAAUCCGCAAUUGCUGAUUGCCGUACAGGAGAAACAGGAGAUUGUGAUUGCCCUUAAUCAGCAUACGGCUGUGGAACCAAAAGUAAUUGGCUUUACCAUGUACAUGUGGAAUCGGGAUUACUGUUUGAGUGAAUGCCUGCAAAAGGAUUUCUUUAAGAAUCAUGUUAGCUUCCUCAAUUCGGACUAUGGCAAUACACGGCAUGUCAGCUAUCACACCCAACUGGAGGCUGGGCAUUAUGUGCUUAUACCAACCACAUAUGAACCAGCCGAAGAGGCCCAUUUCACCGUACGCAUCCUGGGCACAUCGACAUUUCGUCUCUCAUCGCUGGAGACACAGACAAUGAUAUUGCUUGAUCCGUUUCCGGCACUGAAGAGCGACGAUAAUGUUCAGAAAAUCAAAAGUGUUUGCCAAUACGAACCCGUCUAUAUGCAACUGGCCGAUGAGAAUAAGACCAUCAAUUGUUUCGAGUUGCAUGAACUGCUGGAGGCAUGUCUACCCAAUGAUUAUAUCAAAGGUUGUGCCAAUAUCGAUAUUUGCCGUCAGGUUAUCGCCUUGCAGGAUAAAUCCGGCAACGGACGCAUCACAUUCCAUCAGUUUAAGACAUUUAUGGUCAAUCUAAAGUCAUGGCAGGGUGUCUUCAAAAUGUACACCAAGGAGAAGGCCGGCAUUUUAAGAGCCGAACGUCUCCGGGAUGCCCUCUGUGACAUUGGUUUUCAACUGAGCACCGACAUUAUGAACUGCCUGAUUCAACGAUAUAUCCGCAAGGAUGGCACCCUACGGCUCAGUGACUUUGUGUCCGCUGUCAUACACCUAACGACUGCUUUUAACCAAUUUCAUCUUAAGAACUACAAUCAGGUUAAUGUUAUAGAGGUGCGUCUUCACGAUUGGAUCAAAAGUAUAUUAAGUUGCUAAACACAAAAACAACAACAAACAACAAACAACAAAAAAAAAAAAAUA